AUGACGAUCACCAACUUCAACCAUGGCUGCGUUUCCAUGGCGACAGGCUUUGCAACAGGUCUGUGGGAGGUGAAAGACUGUGCUUCAUCGAAGGCGAAAUUCAUCUGUAGACAGAACCAGGACACGUCUCUGAGCCCCGAGCCGCCCGUCCCCCAGCCUACCCCAAGUCUCAGUGGCUCCUGUCCCAGGGGCUGGAAGAGCAACAGUUACCUGCGCUACUGCUACAAGUUGUUUUAUUCCUCGCAGCAGGAGAAGAAGAUGAGCUGGCUGCAGGCUAACCUCUUCUGCCGGAGACACGGAGCCGACCUGCUGAGCAUCAGCGGCCCGGACGAAGAGCACUUCGUCUUUCAGGUCCUCCAUGAGACCUUCGGGAUAUCCGAGGACCAUGAGCAGCAUUGGUUUUGGAUUGGCCUCAACCGCAGGAACCCCAUGGACAAUGGUAGUUGGAAGUGGAGCGAUGGAUUGGCUUUCACGUACCAGAACUUCGGCCGGUACUACUAUAACAUUCGGCAGUGUGCUGCAGCAGACUUGGGCACAACAACAUGGCUGGCCAUGCACUGUGACUCAGAGCUAGACUGGAUCUGCAAGAUCCCCAGAGGUACUGUUGAGAAGGAACCAGAAGUCUCUGAAGGCACCAGUUCGCCCGAGUGGAUUCCCUUCCAGGAGGCUGAGUAUAAAUUUUUUGACCACCGCUCCACUUGGGACCAGGCCCAGAGGAUUUGCUCCUGGUUUGACUCCUCGCUGGCAUCCGUCCACUCAGCUGAGGAAGACGCUUUCCUGGCCAGCACUUUACACAAGAUGGUGAAAGCAGAGGGUGAUAACUGGUGGCUGGGACUUCACACCUACGAAAACAACGGCCGUUUCCACUGGUCUGACCACUCAGUGCUCAAUUACGUGUCCUGGGCCCUCGGGAGGCCGCAUCCACUCAGCCGUGAUCGCAGAUGUGUUCACAUGUCGGCCAACAAAGCGGACUGGGCCGACCAGAAAUGUCACUCUGACCUGCCCUACAUCUGUAAAAGAGUGAACGUCACAGGCACCAUUCCUCCAACUCCAUCAUCCCCCCACCCACCCGCAGGCUGCCCGGAUGGAUGGGCGUCCUAUCAGCAUAAGUGUUUCAGGGUGUUUGAUCAGUCAUACCGGGUCACAUGGUCUGCGUCCAAGUUGAGGUGUGAGACUCAGGGAGGGGUGCUGGCAGUGGUGACCAAUCAUCUGGAGCAAGCCUUCGUCACCACCCUGCUGAACAACGCCAGUGUUGACCUCUGGGUGGGUUUGACCUCAGACUCCAAAGGUCACUUCCAGUGGGCCAAGACUGGCCUGCUCAGCUACACCAACUGGGGCCCUGGGGAGCCACUCGACAACAGCGGACCGCACCAAAACAAGACUCGGGGAAACUGCGUGGUGAUGAUUCAUGGGAACCCGCAGAAGAACGCCGGCAUGUGGGCCUCCCGAGCCUGUGAGAUGGAGAAUAAUGGUUACAUUUGUCAAAGGCAUCAAGACCAAGGUCUGCCUCCCGCGCCUGCCCUGAUUCCUGCCUCCCUGUCGAAGCCUGUGGAGUUGGGCGGAGUGACAUAUCGUGUGGUGGAGAAGCGCCUGGACUGGACCGGUGCUUUGCACCUGUGUGAAUCUUUGAAUGGGACUCUGGCCAUGGUGAAGGAUCCCUACCAGCAGGCGUACCUCACACUGCUGAUCAACCGCCUGCACCGGCCGGCCUGGGUGGCUCUCUACAACUACGGAGGACGGAGCUUCACCUGGCUGGGUGAAGAAGAAGUGUCGUAUUCCAACUGGAAUUAUGGGGAGCCCAAUCACAUGGCUGGAUGCGGUCACAUGACCAUUAAUGGGCAGUGGACCAUUACUCCCUGUGAUACUAAACUGGAUGCUGCAAUCUGUCAAAUUAGUGACGAGCCUGUGAGUCACCAAUGGAUCUACCCUGGCAAGUGUCCCAACUCUGUAGGGGAUUGGGCCUGGGUGCCUUUCAGAAACCACUGUUACGCCUUCAACCUGCAAACCCUUAGACUACAGCAGGAUGCUCGCAUGUCCUGUAAAAAAGAGGGAGCAGAGCUUCUCUCUAUCUUGGAUGAGACGGAGAACGGAUUUGUGUCGGAACACAUCCAGAGCUAUGCGGAGCAGGCACAUGGAGCUUGGCUGGGCAUCAGCGUGAAAG